GAGGAGGAGGCAGUGUGAUGGCCCUGGACGGCGAGCGGGGGGAGCAAGAGGAGGAGAAGAAAAAGAAGAAGAAGAAAAAGAAGAGGAGGAAGAAGAAGAAGGAGGAGGAGGAGGGGGCUGAGAAGAGCAGCUCACCCUUCUCGGCCACGAUGGGGGAGAACGACGCCGCGCUCCGGACCGGCGGCAGGGGGCUCUCGGACCCGUGGGCGGAUUCCGUGGGUGUGCGACCCCGCACCACCGAGCGCCACAUCACUGUGCACAAGCGGCUCGUGUUGGCCUUCGCUGUGUCCAUCGUGGCGUUGCUCGCGGUCACCAUGCUCGCGGUGCUGCUCAGCUUGCGCUUCGACGAGUGUGGGGCAAGCGCAGCGCCGGGCGCCGACGGCGGCCCCGCCGGCUUCCCAGCGCGCGGCGGUAACGGGAGCCUUCCGGGUUCCGCCCCGCGGAACCACCACGCUGGCGGCGACUCCUUGCAGCCCGAGGCAGGCGGGGAGGCCACCCCUGGGACCCCGUCCGCCCAGCCGCCGUCGGAGGAGGAGCGGGAGCAGCGGCAGCCGUGGACCCGGCUGCGCCUGUCGGGCUACCUCAAGCCGCUGCACUACAAUCUGAUGCUCACCGCCUUCAUGGAAAACUUCACCUUCUCCGGGGAGGUCAACGUGGAGAUCGCGUGCCGGAACGCCACCCGCUACGUCGUGCUGCACGCCUCCCGGGUAGCGGUCGAGAAGGUGCAAGUGGCCGAGGACCGGGUGGCCGGGGCUGUCCCGGUGGCCGGCUUUUUCCUCUACCCGCAAACCCAGGUUUUGGUGGUGGUGCUGAAUAGGACCUUGGACGCGCAGAGGAAUUACAACCUGAAGAUCAUCUACAACGCCCUGAUCGAGAACGAGCUCUUGGGCUUCUUCCGCAGCUCUUACGUGCUUCACGGGGAGAGAAGGUAAGGAGGGAGGCGGUGCCCGGGACCGCCCCACCCCGCUAGGCUGCCCGGGGGUCGGCGGUCCCGGGGAUCCCGCUGGUUUCUGAUUCCGCGGAAGCGAGGGGUUGGGGAAGGAAGCCAAGGAGGGGUAGGCCCAUCGCCCAGAACCCUCGGGGUCUCCCAGAUGACUGGGCGCUCACUGCCGCCAACUCGACUCCACAAACUCACUUCGCGGUGCCAGACGAUGAA